UAUACCCCCAACAAUAGAAGAAGACAGACAGAACAAGCUAUUCCAUAACAUGCAGAAGACAUAGCAAUCGAAGAUCAAAGAGAAAAAAAAACAUCAGCGCUUUUCAAACCAUCAACAAACGUCAAACCUUCACAGCAAACCCCCUCUCGCAAUGGACGAGGCAGCUUCGCAAAUCCGCGCAUCACUCAUCUCCCAAUGCCUACCACCCCCAUCGCAAAACUGGCUCUCCAAACUCCUGUCCACCCGCCCACAGCCACUGCCCCCACUGCCCUCCCUCACGGCAACCGCCAAAGCUCGCCUCCUGGCCGCGGACUUGACAUCCCCGGACCUGCUCGACCGGGCUGGGGCGUCUCCCUUCCCACCACCUGCCGCCAGCCCAGAGACCAAAGAGACCCGUCUGGCCAGGGACGUAGUCGUCCAGGUCCUGGACAUUGAGAAUCUGAGCCGCAGUCGCUGGGAGCAGGUCGAAGAGCUCGAGGCCGUGGCGCGCGGCGAGCUGACCAAGGGCAGGCAGAUCAUCCGUCUGCGGGAUGAUGGCGCUGAGGAAGAGGAGGGCGAGGGCGUGGGUGAUGUGCCGCCCGAGGAAGGUGCGCGGCGGCAACAGCGGUCGGGCGGCGAUGCUGCUGCUGCGAGGGCGACUGCUGGAGGACCAGCCGUGAGCGACAAGAACGCGACGCACAAGCUAGUCGUGCAGGACUGUGCUGGAAACAAGUUCUUUGCGUUGGAGCUGAGGCGGAUCGAGCGCCUGGGGAUCGGCAAGGCGAACAUUGGAGAGAAGAUGUUGAUCAAGGCCGGGACGGUCAUCGCGAGGGGCACGGUGCUGCUGGAGCCGGAAAAGUGUGUCAUCCUCGGCGGGAGGGUUGAGGUCUGGCACAAGGCUUGGUUGGAAGGGAGGCUUGCAAGGUUAAAAGAGGCGGCAGGUACUUCUGGCUCGGAAAAUGGACGUUGAUACUAUUUCUGAAGGAAACUCAGGGCUCGGUUGGCCAAAUGGGGUAUUGUUGUUAUUUCUACGGGUUACCCUCGUUUCCUAUUCCCUGCGCUGUUUCUUACAUGAUGAACUUGCAGAACAUUCACCAAACACACAUCAAGUCCUUCGUUAUGGAACGUUUGUCAGUUCGCAGCAACUUUUAUUUUUUCAUAUCAAAUGACUCCGCCAAAAUGGUAUUCAUUGCCCAUCAUUUCGCUGCUAAACAGUC